AUGGAGCCUCAAGACAUUGGUAGCAGAGGUGGCACUGCUAGGAACCCUGCCAGCAUCCGUCAACAGCAAGAAGAGUUUCGACGGCGUUUGAUGCGACCAGACCGCGUUUCCCGGGCAUCACCAGGUUACCCCGGAGACCCGAGCCGCGCCGGCGCUGCUGAGACAACCGGCCUAUAUUCUGCCUUAAAUGGCAGUGCAAGGCGUGACUUGCGGUGGGCAAUGGGCUUACAGACACCUCAAGGCUCCGGAAGAGAGCGUUCAGCUUCGUCCCCAGGUGGAUAUGGCUUGCCACAGCCGGCAGUGACCCAAAAUGAACUAUGGCGCGUACUACUUCGGAUUCGGAGUGAGACCGUUAUCGAAGAAGACCAAAGAAGCAACGCAUCUUCUCAUUUCUUGUCUAUUUCAUCAUCUCACCAUUCUGUAGCUCCUACCGAAGAAGAUACCGAGCAUUUUGAAGAAGAUGAAGGCGAAGAUGACAACGGUCAUGAUAUUGAGGGCAUAGAGGGGGACGAGAUAGGGCAAGAAGAAUUGGACGAAGAAGAUGAAGGCCAUGAAGAAGACGACGCAUUUGACGCAUCCCUGGUCGGUUUGAAGGAAAUCAGCAACCUAGCUAGUUUUACGGUCAGCAGCUACAAACCCGGCUGUGGCGUCAAGGAACUUCGAGAUGACGAUGUCAACCAAUUCUGGCAGUCCGAUGGGCCGCAGCCUCAUCGAUUAAAUAUUCAUUUCAUCAAGCGUGUAGAGAUACGCAAGUUUAGACUCUACCUAGAUUACGAGCUCGAUGAGAGUUAUACGCCUACUAAACUCCAAAUCACCGCCGGCUUCAGCCCCAACAUGACCAUUCCGUACACCAUAAUGGAAUUUACCCAGCCUAAAGGUUGGGUCGACGUACCUAUCCAUGGAGCUGGUGGCGGACAUGAUGGCAACUCACUGUGCUGCUGGUUUAUCCGAGUGACCGUGCUCGAAAAUCACCAGAACGGAAAGGAUACGCACAUACGCGGAGUGGAAGUCUACGCCUUAGACGACAGCGCAGAUACUGCAGAGAACAACCCCGUGGAGGACAUGGUCGAAGCAAUCGAUGACUACCGCGAUAGAAUAGCGGCGAUGAACAUUCACGACCACGACGAAGAGGCGAUAUCAAAGCUCGCCGCAGACAAGCGAGAUCGAAAAGCGAAGUCCAAGAAGUAUACCCCUGGAGACGGCGGAUUAAGCAUCCCCGACUUCAUGAGAGAGCCGGAAAUUCGUUAAAGGUAUUUGGCGGGCGAGCUGUGUUUAGCAAGAUGGCGUAUUAAAGCACUAGGUUAAGGCGUUCUGGAAUACUGGUUGAUAACUUACGAUACCCUAUGGCUACUAUGGCUACUAUGGCUACUUGUUUCAUUCGGCGGAACACAUCCACCCAACACUACAAGAGGUAAUUAAAUCAUGUCGAGAUGACCUACAUGUACAAGUUAUUUAUGUUUAGUUAUCAUAUUUAAUACCUAAUUCAUGAACCCCCAGA